AAUUGUAGAUACAUGUAUAUCAAGCAGUCAGAACUCAGAGGUUUCUUUACGAUCCCAAAUACAACAAAUGGACAAACCUUCAACAUCAUUCCAGUCUCAGCAAAGUGCCUUCAUGGAGGAACAACUGAUUUUCCAAGUCAAUAUAAAGAAAGAACCAGAGGUGGAUCCAGUCCAGAGACAGGAAAUCUCGAGAGAUCCGGACGAUGAAGAGUCCGUGGUGGACUCAGAGUCGGAGAGUGACAGUAACGAGGAGGAGGGGGAGGGGCCAGGGACGUCCUCACAGUCCUGGAGCCAGCCCGCACAGAGGAAGAGGAGGAGGGUGGGGCAGGGGGAGGAGGACAGGAAGGAGAACAUAGAACCACCCCCUCCCAGGGUACACUUAAUGAGCCUUUAUGAAGAAAGACAGUUGUUGAAAAAGAUGAACAUGGCUGCAGAUGCAGGUCCUCUGCCACCAGAACUUCAUCGACUGAGACGAAAACUUAUCGUCAGACAGCAACAAAGAGAGAAUGGGCUUCCAGUCUUUGAUGCAGAUGCUCAAAUGAAUCAACUUGCACAAAAAUUCUGGGGUGAUUCCUGGGAAAAUGAGGAAAAAGAAUACAACCCAAAAGGUGUGCCCACAUCUCACCUGUCCUCAGGAGAGAGCAGAGUGCUGGAUCGCUUCCAGGUGGCGCCCUUAGUUUCCCACAUGGUGAGGUUACAGCAGCCCACUUUCAUCAAUCGACUGAUUGGAACAGAUGAUGAUCAGCUGACCAGCAUCAGGAGUCCUUAUACCUCCAGGAUGCUGAAGCCAUUCAUAAGAAGAGAUUAUGAGUCUCGUCCCCUGAAAAUGAGAUUAUUAGAAGAAAUAAAAGCAUAUUCACACAGAGACAAGCAAGAUUGGAAACCUCUACCACCCCCUCCCAUUGACUAUUGUUAUGUACGACCACAACACAUACCCUCCGUCAACACACUGUGUAGAGAGUUCUUCUGGCCUGGAAUAGACUUGUCUGAGUGUUUACAGUAUCCAGACUUCAGCUGUGUGGUGCUAUUCAGGAAAAUUGUGAUAGGGUUUUCUUUCAUGGUUCCUGAUGUGAAGUUUAAUGAGGCCUACAUUUCCUUCAUCUUUACUCACCCAGAGUGGAGAAGGGCUGGCAUUGCUAAAUUCAUGCUCUACCAUCUUAUACAAACCUGUAUGGGAAAAGAUGUGACAUUACAUGUAUCAGCCACAAACUCGGCCAUGUUGAUGUACCAGAAGUUUGGAUUCAAGCCUGAGGAGUUUAUUCUAGACUUUUAUGAUAAAUAUUACCCUGAAGAUUCAAAGGAAUGUAAACAUGCAUUUUUCUUAAGACUGAGAAGGUGAAACUAGACAGGAUAAUGUGGAUCAUUAUGAUACCGGUAUACAUGUACUUAAUAAA